AUGGUAUCCACUAAGUUUCCAGAUCAGAUUCUCCAAACUUCAAGUGCAACAAUCACGACUUGGUUGCCAUUGUCUACAGCAUGGCCUUCUACAGCAGCUUGCUCAAGUUUGGUAUAUGUUGGUUCGGGGAAAGAUGCCGGGAAAGUUUUUGGAUGGGAUCCCUUAUAUCAAGCUGUUCUUGACACUGGUUCUCCGCGAUGUUUUGCAGAUGAAAUGGCCAGUUGGUGGCUAGAGCCAUCGAGCGUUACAAUAUCUUUGGGUCCGACUUUCAAUUGUCCUGCAGCGUAUAGCACCGUUGCAACUUCCGUUCAUAGUGCGGGUGUUACACAAGUCUUUUGUUGUCCUACCGAUUAUAAUCUUUCCGUCUUAAUCCCAUCAUACUCAUACGGUGACUACCCAACCCAAUGCAUGUCCACCCUCACCGCCGGUGAGAUCCUCCAAUAUCAAACUGCUACCGGCGGCAUCUUCCAACCCACAAGUUUGACAGUUAGCUCAACGCUCUCUGUACACGGAGAACACAUCAAUGGAUGGAACAUCGACGAUGCCGUAUUUGCCUCCAUGAUAGGCUCUUCACAAACAGCAACAACAACUUCAUCUAUCACCACAACCUCCUCCACAGCAUCAUCCACAGACACCGCAUACACGACAACUCCCAGAGAAUCAGGAGCCGCAAUGACCACAAAAACAUCAGAAUCCGCCACCUUCUCCUCUCCUUCCUCAAACUCCCAAUCAUCCUCAUCUCCAACCCCUCUAACCAGCCCUAAGCCCAACAACUCGACUGCCCUUGCAGCUGGAGUAGGCAUUGCUGCCGCCGUCAUAAUCGUCGGUAUCGCCGCUGCUGUAUUUCUCUUAAUACGACGUCGAAAAAAGCGUGCACAUGAUAUGACGCAAGAAAUCGAUUCGAAAGAAAUCUAUACCUCUCCCCCAUCGUUUGGUCGUGGACCCGCUGCGAAUGAGUUGUCGAAUGAACUUCCCCCGAGAGAAAUGGACGGAGGUGUUAAUGUUAUGAAGGAGUACUACGCUCCGAGACAGAAUGUGCAUGAAAUGUGA